AUGUUCCGCCAUCUCAAGAAGCGCAAACCUCUAGCGCCGCCAGAAGUCUUCGGCUACGACCGGGAUGUGCUGGUCGCGCUGGUCCGCCGUCACUAUGACCUCCUCGUUGUGAUGGGGCACCUGCACCCAGCCGCCCUGCAGGCUCCCCUGGAACCCGACGGAUGGUCCGACGCACAGCUCAACGUCGAUGCGCUGAGGGCACUCGGGCGGUCAGAGGUCGUCAUUGAUCUGCUGCGGCACCUCCCGUACCCGCGUGCGGGGUCUGGCCGACGCGCCGAUGCGAGUGUGCACUAUGAGACUAAAGUGCUGUCGUACCUACGGAACACGUGGAAGCCAGACGAGAUGCCACAGGAGUGGUGGGACAAGCAGUCUUGGGCCAUGCUUCGCCUCGCGCCGUUCGACAAGGCGCUGCCGCCGCACAUGAUCUCGCUUACGUACGACGAGGCUGCGAUCGGCUGCAUUUGGAUCAUCGACACGGAGAUAGGGUGUGUUUACCCGCACGGAGACGACUACUAUCUGUACGACGAUGCUCCGAGGGAGGCAGAAUCUCAGAAGCUGUGGCUUCGAGCCAAGCCAGUCUCUUUCACGACCUUCUUCAACAGCAUGCAUGAGCAGAUUACACGGCUCAAGAUCAUCCCAUGUCCAGCUGCAGGCAAGCAUCGCGCUGCCAUGUGCAAGCCGGGGGAUACGGGGGCGAAGGUCGUGCGACAACUGUACCGAGAAUACGGUUGGCCUAAACAGUUCAACAAGGACGGCUUUCGUCGAGCGGCAGUUCCGGCUCGACAGGCUGCUCUCAGCGAAGAGCCGGACUGGUCAGGUGCUUAACAUUGAACUGUCUCUAUGUAGACUCCAUCUUGGUUCGAGACCAGGUGUUCGUUUAGGAGCAACCCUUAUGCUCUCGCAGCCUGCUGCUGCUCAAACUCAGCCUUCACCACCCCGGCAAAAUCCUCAUCAGACAGCACCUUCCACGCAGUUGCCGCCAUACCCUUGGCUGUGGCGAUGGUAAGAUCAUACGCCUGGUCCGUGAUGGCGGCCGCCGUGAACUCCUUGGUGUGGUUGGCCGCGCCGUUCUCGGACGGGAUGCGAUACACAGGGUGGAAGCCUGGGCAGACCUGCGUGACAUUGCCCUGGUCUGUAGAGAAGGAUCCUGGGUGCGGGAUCGCUCCUUCGCGGUCGUCAAAGGGCAGCUGCGGCAAGCCAAUGUCGGCCAGGAACUCCGAGUAGACUCUGCAGAGGGCCCGGUUGGGGACGACUUCGGCAUAGGUGUUUGUCCUGGAAU